AUGCCUAAGCUCCUCCCAAACGAGCCGUUGGACUUGACCGUCAACCAACGCUCCACACCCAUUUCAGGUCUCGAUGGCCUGCGCAAUCUACUUACCGUCCAGAGCGCCCUCCUCCGCGGCGAUCGUGAGGUCACCCUCCACAAUACCUCCGGCAUCAGUCAUGAUAUUCGCAAUAGACUACGGCGCAACCACAUGGGCCACAUGCACCAAUCAGUCCAGGAUGACGUCGCGUUCAGGCUUGUGAAACGUCCCAAGAAAGAUGAUAGAAUGGAUGAAGAUCGACUGGCAAACAUGUUUGGAGACUACAAGUGGCAGGGUUUCAAAUUCGAAUUCCUCAAAAUCCUAGGCACUGGCGGCUUUGGAGCUGGGACUCUCUGGAAUAUCCAUCUUGAAGGCGGAGCCAGCAAAAAGGUCGUCCUCAAGGUCCCUAUGAGUAUGGGGUCGUGGGACAGCCAGGAAAUAGUCUGGCAUCAGCGAUAUGGCGGCAGCCGCCACACUGUUCAGCUUGUCGAUCUAGCUGAGACCUCCAAGGCUGUGCAGGACGAAUUCAAGCUGAAAAAUCCCGGCCAGCCUUUGCAAUAUGACCAGGGCGAGGUGUUCCGCCCCGAUAUGUUGGCGGGUAUGGUUCUGGAAUACAUGUCUUACGGUGACCUUUUUGGAAUUCUGCGUAAAGCCUCCAGCCACAUCGAGUGUUUCCCAGACAGAGUAUUGUGGGGUAUCUGGGAAUGCCUGGUCAAAGGCGCGGCUGCUGUUGCGUAUCAACCCACUUUCAAGGAACAGAACCGGGUUUUUGAACAAGAGAUGGAGCAAGCCAAGUCGGAAGGCAAACUCGAAGUCUUCUUCAGAAAGCUUGAGAAGGAGAAAAUUGCACAUGACAUUCAUUUAGAUCUCGAAGAGUCCAACAUUCUUGCGGGCGAUGCCUCUGACCAUCCUAAUCAGCCUGUCUUUAAAAUCCAUGAUUUCGGAGGAUUCAGCCAUAAAAUGUCUGAAGCUUGGACUAGGGCCGACGAGGAGUUUUAUUGGCGACUCAGGAAUCCAUGCAAGAUGACGAGAUUGACACCGGAACAAGUCCACCAAGAAUGGGACCAGCUCUCCUUGAACGUCCCACACCAUAUCGGCAUCGGCAGGUUUCAGGGCGACAACCUCACCCGAGGUAACCCUAUUGCGGGGCGAUUCGGAGUCUGGACAAACAUCUUCAUCCUCGCCAAAACGAUGGAAGCAGUAGUGACCCUCAUGUUCCUAGCACAUCCGUUUUCAGCCAAGAAUUACGUCUCGAUUGACCGGAGAACAAAGGGGCGCACAUAUGGCUGGCGAUUGAACAUGGAUAAGUAUCGCCACGUCGACCAAGAGCUGCGAGAUAUCAUCUGCCAGUGCUUGUUCGAGCGGCCGCUUGAUCGGCCUUCCAUUAUCGGCCUCAUGCGGAACAUUGAGAAGCGCAAGCGUCAGGGCUUUGAGCAAUCGGAGGAGGAUGUCAAAAGGUUCUGGACUGACUUCUUCGCUCCUCAACCCGCUGUGCUCAUCCCAGAAAUGGCGCAUCCGAAUGCCGAGCAGGAACUCACACAGGCCUUCCACGACGAAGUUCUAGUAUCGACCGCGGGAGUACCUCCUCCGCUCAACGAGAACCAACCCCCUAUGGCCCAGCCGCAGGUAGAGCUGCGGCGGCCCAUUAACCCGGGUAUGGUUGGAGAAUAUCGCCAGGACGCGGCAUCCCACGAGCUGCCUCUUCGGCAGGAUCCGCUACUAGGCGACGCGCCGAGAGGAACUAGUCUCCCUCCUCCUUCUCAAGGUAGAAAGAGGCAACAUGGCGAUUCCCAGGACUCUGGGGCCGAGGGAGGCUACAUGUUUGCUAUAUUUUCAGUCCCUGAUGGGUCCGAUAGUAUGUCUUCUGGAGAUAUGAGCAUACGGCCGUCAAAGAAGAUCAAAAUCAAGCCAAAGACUGAUAAGCGCCCAGCCAACAGUAUCGAAAUCAAAGCCAAUACUUCUGUGCCAUCACCCAAGUCGACCAAGCCUAUCGAGAGAGGUCGUUUCAAGGGUGCGAGCAAGGUUAAAAAGCAGCAUAAGAAAACGCCGAGCUCGUGGGUGCAUAUGCCUGUGGCGAUCCAGAAUCUAGCGAUUCGGACAAAGCAAUUGGGACAGAGAAUUGGCUGUGAUUUGACUGAUCAGGUUUCCAGACCAGCCUGGGAGCAUAAAGGCAAGUCAAGUUAAUUUCUUGUGGGAGUUUGCACUAGGGGUAUCAAGUGAUACUCAAGUCGUCCCACGGAGUUUAAGUCACAGUCACUUAGUUAGAUUCAUUUUUAGUUUCUCA